GUCUUUGCUGGCGCUGCAGUAGCAGCGGAUAGCAGGCCAGCUAAGCCUUGCCGGUGCAUAGUUCCUUCCCCUCGCGUGUAAAUGAGGAGGGCGCUCUGUUUCCUCCACCUGCGCUUUCCCGACAGCGUCCUCCCUCGCGCGCGUCAUUAGCAGAGCGUCGAGCGGAGGCUGUGAGCCGGGCUGUUUUGGUGGAGACACCGCGGAAUAAAGGAAGGGAGAGCGAUGGUCCUCUUCGGCCCCGACUGAGUGAUGUCCUUCGGGUACGAUCAUUUAACCACUGUCCAGAGAUAUAAAUCAGAUCCAGCGUGCCUCCCCCCAUGUGCGUAGGGCCAUCAUUUACUCGAAUCAGGUCCAAGGCCGUCAUGGAAGCCUGGAACUCCCGAGCUGCAGUCGAUAACAAGCCAGCUGAUGAAAAAAAAUGAGUGGAGGAUUAGCACCAAGCAAAAGCACAGUUUAUGUAUCUAAUUUGCCCUUUUCAUUGACAAACAAUGACUUGUACAGAAUUUUUUCAAAAUAUGGGAAAGUAAUUAAAGUUACAAUUAUGAAAGACAAAGACACACGAAGAAGUAAAGGAGUUGCAUUUAUUUUGUUCUUGGAUAAAGAGUCAGCACAAAACUGUUCUCGGGCACUUAAUAAUAAACAACUAUUUGGAAGAGUAAUAAAAGCAAGUAUUGCUAUUGAUAAUGGAAGAGCUGCAGAAUUCAUCCGAAGGAGAAAUUACUAUGACAAGUCAAAAUGCUAUGAAUGUGGAGAAAUAGGACAUUUAAGUUAUGCAUGUCCGAAAAACAUGCUAGGAGAGCGUGAACCUCCCAAAAAGAAAGACAAAAAGAAAAGGAAGAAAGUAAUUGAACCAGAAGAAGAAAUAGAAAUAGAAGAAAGUGAAGAUGAAGGUGAAGAUCCUGCUCUUGAUAGUCUCAGUCAAGCUAUAGCUUUCCAGCAAGCCAAAAUUGAAGAAGAACAGCAAAGUUCAACUCAAAAUGUUGGUGAGCCCUCCACAUCUGAUUCAAGACGACCACGCAUCAAAAAAAGUGCAUAUUUUAGUGAUGAGGAAGAACUUAGUGACUGAUAUAAAUACUAUGUAAAUAUACUUUAUGAAAUAAGAUUACUGUUGUUAACCAUGAUCUAACUCUUGUAAUUAAAAUAUAAUCUGAAAGCACCAAA